UCGCUGCCUGCCACCGCUGCUUCCACCCCCCAGCCCCCACCACCAUGCACUCCUUGGACGAGCCGCUCGACCUGAAGCUGAGCAUCACCAAGCUCCGAGCGGCGAGAGAGAAGCGGGAGAGGACGCUGAGCGCAGCCCGGCACCGAGCCCUGCACAGGGAACUCGGUCUGGUGGACGACAGCCCCACACCUGGCUCCCCGGGCUCCCCGCCGUCAGGCUUCCUGCUGAACCCCAAGUUCCCUGAGAAGGUGGAGGGACGCUUUUCGGCAGCCCCCCUGGUAGACCUCAGCUUGUCGCCGCCGUCUGGGCUGGACUCCCCCAACGGCAGCAGCUCGCUGUCCCCCGAGCGCCAGGGCAACGGGGACCUGCCCACAGCGCCCACCGGCCCGGACCUCCAGCCUCUGCGCUACCUGGACGGUGUCCCCAGCUCCUUCCAGUUCUUCCUGCCGCUGGGCUCUGGGGGGGCCCUGCAUCUGCCUGCUUCCUCCUUCCUCACCCCCCCCAAGGACAAGUGCCUCUCGCCAGAGCUGCCCCUGCCCAAGCAGCUGGUGUGUCGCUGGGCCAAGUGUAACCAGCCCUUCGAGCUCCUUCAAGACCUGGUAGACCACGUCAAUGACUACCACGUGAAGCCCGAGAAGGACGCGGGCUACUGCUGCCACUGGGAGGGCUGCGCCCGCCACGGCCGCGGCUUCAACGCCAGGUACAAGAUGCUUAUCCACAUUCGCACCCACACCAACGAGAAGCCGCACCGCUGCCCCACCUGCAGCAAGAGCUUCUCCCGCCUGGAGAACCUGAAGAUCCACAACCGGUCACACACAGGCGAGAAGCCGUAUGUGUGCCCCUACGAGGGCUGCAACAAGCGCUACUCCAACUCCAGUGACCGCUUCAAGCACACGCGCACCCACUACGUGGACAAGCCCUACUACUGCAAGAUGCCCGGCUGUCACAAGCGCUACACGGACCCCAGCUCGCUGCGCAAGCACAUCAAGGCCCACGGCCACUUUGUGUCCCACGAGCAGCACGAGCUCCUGCAGCUCCGCCCGCCCACCAAGCCCCCACUGCCCACCCCCGACAGCAGCCCCUACGUCAGCGGGGCGCAGAUCAUCAUCCCCAACCCCGCCGCCCUCUUCGGCGGCCCUGGCUUGCCCGGCCUGCCCCUGCCUCUGGCCCCCGGCCCCCUGGACCUCAGCGCCCUGGCCUGUGGCAACGGCGGGGGCGCUGGGGGUGCGGGGGGCAUGGGCCCUGGGCUGCCCGGCCCCGUCCUGCCCCUCAACCUGGCCAAGAACCCGCUGCUGCCCUCGCCCUUUGGGGCCGGCGGACUGGGCCUGCCCGUGGUCUCCCUCCUCGCUGGCUCCGCUGGCGGCAAGGCUGAGGGGGAGAAGGGGCGUGGGGCUGUGCCGGCCAGGGCCCUGAGCUCGGAGGGCCGCAAGACCCCCCUCGAGAGGACUGAGGGCAGCCGCUCCCGGCCCAGCCCCGACGGCCUGCCCUUGCUGCCAGGUACUGUGCUGGACCUGUCCACGGGCGUCAACUCGGCCGCCAGCAGCCCAGAGGCGCUGGCCUCCGGCUGGGUGGUCAUCCCGCCGGGCUCCGUGCUGCUCAAACCAGCCGUGGUGAACUGAACCCACUCGGUGGACACUGACCACCUGCAGCCCAGUCGGCAGCUCCCAGCCCUGCCUGCCUGCCUGCCCCUGACGACGAACAGAAACUCUUCUGCGAAAUAGCAAUAAUGUCCUCCUGCCCUGGGGGCGACCCUGGGCAGCAAGGAUGGUGCUAGAAGGGCAUGGUGGGCACCCGGGCUCCUGAGGAGGGGAAACAAGUCUGCCGGCCAGUGGAGAGCCAUGCCCCUGAGAGCUUAGGCCUGGCUCACCUCCGGCCCACGCCUGCCUGCCCCCCACCCACUCUGGUUGUCUCCCUCAUCCCGUGGCCAGCUGGGCAGGUCACCCUCUCUCCCUUGCCCACUUGCCAGCCUUGACCCAGCAGUGGGGGUGGAGCUGGGGGUGGCUUCGGCCCUCCCCGCUGGCACCAGACUCCCUCCCACCCCCUUCAGUGGUGAGCUGGGAGGAGCCCCCUGGGAUCAAGGUCCCACCCCAUCCUGCUUACUCACCGGGCCCCUGCUCUGGAGGCUCCUGACCCCUCUCCCUCUGGUCCACCCUCCAGAGGGAGAGCAAGACAGACGCAGGCCACGGCUAAGCCACAGCAAGAAGCCACCUCCUCCCAUGACAAGGCGCCUCCCGGCUGAGGGAGGGAGGCCCGCUUGACCAGCUGCCCCCACUGCCUGCCGUCUGCAGUGGCCAACACGCUGCCUGAGGCGAGGGUCCCUGCUCUGGGCUGGCUGGCCACUCGUCUGCCCCUGCAUCCCUCUGCUUUCAGGGAGCCCUGAGUCGGGAGAGGUGCCCAGCUCAGGGAACAGGCGGGGCUGGGCCUGGCCUGGGACCCUGCACCCGGGGAUGGGGGAGGCUGGCUAGGGACAACCCCAGGCCAAGACACGGCUUCUGUUCUGGGGGCGUCAAGGCAGAGCCGCUGCAGAGGAGGGGGCUCCAGGCCGGUGCUGGGCAUGGGAGCGUCCCAGUGGCUACGGACAGAUGAUGAAGGACCUGGGCUCGACAAGGGAUGAGGGGCAGCAAGGCAGCCACAGAGGCUGUGGGGGCAGGGGAAGCCAGAGGGGAGAGCUGGCCCUGUGGCCUGCUUCCUUUGGCUUCUCUGAACUAAGCCCCUGCCCUCCAGGGGCCAGGGGAGCCCAGGGCACGGGGGCUCCAUGUGCCCCUGCAGCCCACGCUGCUCCCCAGCCCAGGGGCCAGGCUCUCCCCACCAGGCCCUGACGGGGCAGCAGCUUGUCUCGUGCCCCACCCUGGGCCCUCGUGCUUCCUCCCGUCAGGGGCCCAGCUUCAGUCUAGGGGGUCCUGGCCUUGGCCCUGCCCUAGGCCGCACUCUCCACGUCCCAGCUGCAGGAGGGGGGAGCUGUAGGGCCGCAGGGGGACCCUUGGGCCCCUGCAGCUCUGAGGUCUCCCUGCUGCUUCUCUGCUCACCCGCCCUUUCCUGGACCGCCCUUCUAUCCCAGAGGGGUCACCCUGACCCGGCCCGCUGACAGGCCUGCAGCGCUGGCUCUGCCCCUUGAAGGGGCCACAAGCAGAGCAGGAGGGAGCUGGUCUCCUUCCCUGGCACCCCACCCCGGACCCAGGCCCCUCACCCCAACAAGGGCCCCAGGCCUUAAGUCCCCUUUGGGGCGAGGGGUUGGACUCAAGCCCCAGGAGCAGAGGAACAGGGCAUAGGAAGGCGACAUUAGCUCAGCAUGUGACUCGGUGAUAGACCAGGCCCGAGGAGGCCGGUGUACGUGUCGUUGUUGUCGGUCUGUUGCACAUUCCAGGAUAUCAGUAUUCUAACAGGUUCUAAGUGCCUUUCUAUCGUAGCUUGUUUUUCCUCCUCUUGGCUCCAUUGCUGUUAGCAUAGAGUUUAAAAAAAGAAAAGAGAGAUAAGCUAAUGACUAUAACAAUAUAUUCCUCCAUGUGAGAGGAAGUUUAUAAAGAAAUGAAAUAAA